AUGUCUGCCGUCUCAUCGUCAGUCAAUAAUCCUCCGGGCCAAGGAGUCCGACAGUCCGCUCGUCAGACACGUACAAACCCAUCUCGAACCUCCAAAACCAUCGGACGGUCAUCCUUCGCGUUCGGCCAAGGCUCGACAACUGAAAUUCCUUCCACUUCCCCUGUUCCUCAUGGCUUUUAUCCUGCACUCACGCAUUUCACCGAUGCUAUAACGGCGCUUCCGCGCGAGUUUCGUCGCCACAACUCUCUUCUCAAGGAAGUUGAUGCGAAGGCGUGGGCCCUGGAGGAAAAUUUGCUGCAGUUACUCCAGUUCUCCUCCCAGUCGCAGCCCGUUCCUCAUCCUCCCCACCCGGCGCCUAUCAUCGGGGGUGUUAUUCGGGAGGAUGUUUUGCCCAAAGAUCUAUCUCAGUCACCCGAAUCGCCCGAUAGCAAAAGCCGCCGGCUUCUAUUCGAUCGAGUACGUCAAAGCCUCUCAGACCUAAUGAUGACCGCCGAUGAAAAGAAUCAUGUCAUUUCGAAUGCGAACGAGGAAUUAGAUCGGCAAAUUGUCCGACUAGAUACGGUAUUCCCAUACAUUGCAGGCGAGAUUAGCGAGGAGGCUCGACUAGGCAGCCUGACACACUGGGCGUACUCCAACAAGAGUACUGCGAAGGCAGCGACUAACGAACGACCGCGCCGGGAAGCAGUAGCGCAAAGACAGGAUCUGUCGCACGUGCUUCAAGAGGCUGAAGCUGCAAGCCGCAGUGAAGCGCGGCGUGAUGCUGUUCUGGCACGGAAGCAACGUCGGGCACAGGCCGACGCGGAUUACGAGGAUACGCGCAGCUCGGGUGCCCGCAAGACCAACAGUGGGAAAUCUCGAGGUGGAGAUCACGCGGCUGACCCUACUGCUCCCAAGCGUCGCAAGGUGGAACGAUCGCUGCCAGUGGACACUAGUGUUCCGAUGGACCGCUCUGCUAGUGGCGCUGGGAGCCAGAGAGCUACGAAUAAAGACCCAGCGGAGAAGAAGCGGUCUCGCGCUCCAAAUCCAGCCGCUGCUGCACGCAAGAAGGCCAACGCUUCCAAUGCUGCAUCGCCCGUUCUGGCCCCAUCGCCUUUGAUUGGAACAUUCAAUGGUCCGCGUGGCGCCGCCAGUCCGGGGCCCAAUACAUCAAGACCACAGUCUUCACGAGCCCAGCAGAAUUCCGGAUCUACAACCAAUUCGCGUGCGCGGCCAACAUCAUCGGCUUCAAACCGCCCCAACAACAACAAAAUUGCCGAUUCCAGAUCUAUACCCCGGGACGGACCCAUCAAAAACGAACUCGUCCACGCAGACACACACCGUGACUACGAAGGCGAUGCCAAUGGUAGAACAUCCAUUCCCGCGGGCUCCAAGCGCGAGGAUGUGGAUAGAAAAUCCGGUUCUGCCGAGGCCGAGACGACGAAGGGACGCAAUUCUAAGACAUCGACCCCUAUCCUCCCCGCAUUCACAGAGCCCAGCCAACAACGCGCACGGCCCACGCGAAGUCAAGACCCAGCUUCUACCAAGCGAACUCAGAAGAAGCCCAUCCCACAGCCUGCAAUACCCUCUGAUGACGAGUCGCUUCACGAGGGCGAUGAUGAAGAUGAGGAGGGUGAGCCACGAUACUGUUACUGUAAUGAAAUUAGUUUCGGAGAGAUGGUUGCUUGCGACAAUGACGCCUGUCCGCGUGAAUGGUUCCAUUUGUCGUGUGUCGGCUUGACGAAACCGCCUGGAAAGAAUGUUAAAUGGUAUUGUAACGAGUGCAAGGAAAAUAUGAGACGGAGUCGCAAUGGGCGGUAA